AUGGUGUUUCAGAGUCUGGAGACAUCUAGGAGCUAUUCAAAGAAAGAUGUAUCAACUCACAACACAAGGAAGGAUUGUUGGAUCAUAAUCAAGGACAAGGUUUAUGAUGUAACUUCAUAUGUGGAGGAGCAUCCAGGUGGUGAUGCCAUUCUAAACAAUGCUGGUGCUGAUUCUACAGAGGGAUUUUUCGGGCCGCAACAUGGCACAAGAGUCUUCGAUAUCAUUGAGGAUUUCUGCAUCGGCGAAUUGAAAGACUGAUGAUAAAGAGGGGAGGUUGUAAAAGCUCCAAAUGUGAACCCAUGCUUCUUCCACAGUUUCCUGAAUACGACGACAAGGAAUGAAAACUUGUUCU